UAUUAAACCGCUUUAUAAUUUUGGGCAAUAAUUAACCAUCCGUUCUAAGAUUAGACCCGACCUCUCUUUUUGUCUCUCUCUAUCUCUCUCUCUGUACGUAAUUUCUGAAUUAUUUUGUGUGUGUGUGUGUUGGUUUGUUCCAUGGCAGAUCAUUCACGGGCCACAUCUCAUGAGUUUUGCAGCAGUUUUGGCUUUGGAAGUGUAUGUAAAGUUUGCAAAUCCUUCGUCUCCAGAUUCUCCCCUGACCGCAUUUUAUCUCCUAAGAAUAAGACUCAACAAUCCCAUAAUAAAGAUCAAAACCCCAAAUCCAAUAUCCUCCAAGAUCACAAGGUUAGUAUAAAGAAAAGCAGUGUUGAUGAAACCAUUAUUGACGUUGAAGAUUUAAGAUAUAACCACAAUGAUCAAGUACCCCCUGGAGCCGUACAUAACAAUAACCACCGAAGCAACGGGCAUUAUUACUAUACUUGUUCUCCCAUUUCAAGUCCUCCUGGUUCAAGAAGCACCAGUCCUUCUCGUCUCUCCAGGACCAUUUCUCGAAUUUUUCGAACCACAAGCGGAAAACAUCAUAACUUUGUUCCUUCAAGUAAUGUCGGUGGUGGCAGUGGUGGUGGUGGCAGUGGACCGGCAUUGGCAAGCACGCUUUCGCGUAAUGCUAGCCGUACUCAUGACAGAGUUGACAGUUCUCAUGCAGUUCCGAAAUCCUUUUCGCGGAGUGCAAGCCUUCAGAACAGAAGCGAAGCACCCGCUGCAGCCUCAACGGCGUUACCAGCGUCGUUUUCACGUAAUGCGAGCCGGAGGAGCUCAACUCCUAUAAUGUUUUCCAGCUCGACUGGGUUGGUUAAACCACCACCUAUGGAAGAGACACUCGAGUGUACCCUAGAAGAGUUGUGCUUUGGGUGCGUUAAGAAGAUGAAGGUCACAAGAGAUGCUGUUACAGAUAUUGGGCUAACAGAGGAAGAGGAGGUACUAACAAUCAAAGUGAAGCCAGGGUGGACAAAAGGAACCAAGAUUACAUUUGAAGGCAAAGGUAAUGAGAGGCCAGGCACUUCUCCAGCAGAUGUGAUCUUUGUGAUCGCAGAGAAACGACACCCUCUAUUCAGGAGAGAAGGCGACAAUCUGGAAUUGGCAGUAGAAAUCCCAUUGGUAAAAGCUCUUACAGGUUGCACUAUUUCCAUACCAUUGUUGUGUGGUGAAAAGAUGAGCUUAACCAUUGAUGAUAUUAUCUACCCUGGUUAUGAAAAGAUUAUAGCAGGACAAGGUAUGGCUAAGCCCAAAGAGCAAGGGAACAGAGGAAACUUGAUUAUAACUUUCUUAGUAGCUUUUCCAACUGAACUUACAGAGGAACAAAGGUCUGAUGUAGUCAGGAUUUUAGAAGAUUCUUGUUGAUGGAACUUUGGUCAUUUUAUCUUCUUGUUAAACUUUUUUUUUUUUUUUUUUGGUGGGAUUGAUUUGCAAUUAGAUGUAGCAAAACAGAAUAUUAGAGUGAUGCAGGUUGUUAAAAUGAUGAUUGGUUUUUCUUAACAGAAGAAUGGAGCCUCUUUAUGCCUUUGCGAGUUUUCCAGAGUUUGAGACUUCUUUCCAGUAGAUUUAUAUUUAUAGCAUAUGUUAUAGGUUUGGGUCCUUGUAUAAUGAACUUAAAAAGUUCAACAAAAAAAAGCUAGUUUUUCACCUAUUUUUAAGCAGUCGAUCAUUUCUAGCAAAGUAUAAAUGAAAAAAUUGGGUUCAGAUGAAAGAUCUGCUCAAGUUCCACUCUAAUAGUCUAUUUGGCCAAGCUUCUUUUUGGCCAAAAGUAAUUUCUUUUGGUUGCCUGAAGUGUUUUUCUCCCAAAAUUAAGGUAGUAAGACAAGCUUUUACAAGGAAAAAAAAGUGUUUCUGAGAAGUA